AUGGUGGAGAAGGAGCCCUGGGAUGACAGCCCCUGUAAGUUCAGUGUCUUCAUUAAGAGUUUCUUCAGGGAAACCUUCACGCUGCCAGUAUCUCUGGAUGACACCAUGCAGGAGCUCAAGUCCAGAGCUCACCUCCCUGGUAAAGGAAUCUUCCAGUGCUCCAUUACAGGCCUUGGCUUUGAGGUGAAGUCAGCAGUGACCAUCACCUACAGAUUUGUCACCUGGACCAGGCACCUGAGCAAGGCUGACCUGGAAGUAUGGAUGCCCAUUGGACCCCUCUUCCACAUCAAGGAGGUUGUGCAGGUGGUGCAUUUCCCCCACUUCAUUUGCAUAGCAGACAUUCUCAGCUCUUUGCAUCUGUGGUGGCUGGGAAUGGCGAUGGCUGAUGCUGCUCCAGCAGGCCAGGAGCCCACCCACAGGCUGGACCACCCCGGGCAAUCACAGAAACCCAGAUGCUUCAUUGCCCCUUUUAAAUCUGGGAAAUUGACCGUGGAGAGACCAACCAGACUGACCACUUCCACUGCUGUCUUGGAGAAGCCCAGCUUCUCUCUGCUUGGGGUGCUUUGGAGGACCAUCUCUCUGAUCACUAGUCACUCCUUGGUGCUGAUCUUCCAGCAGCUCAGAGCAAAGACAACUCUUCACCUCUAUCUGAUCCCAGAUGAUAGCUCUGUGAAGCAGGCCAUUGAAAAACAAGAAAUGAAAUGGAAUUCAAAGCUCCUUCCCAAGCCUCAUCCAUUUCAGCCUCUGGUUUUCGGCAGCAGAUUCCAGGUGACCAGCAGAAAGCCUGUGGUGAUAAUGCCUGAGGAAGACUUUCCAUUUUUCUACAAGAGUCCAAAGGAACAGCAGUUCUUUGUUGAGAUCUACAUCAGGAACAUGGCAAAGUAAGUUGGGCUCCUUAUGACAGAGAAAAGCAGUGACACUGUGGUCUGGAGGGCAUCAGUAAGACCAGGUAGGAACAGCAGUUCCAUCCAGGUGCUCAUUUGCCUUAGCAAGAGCAGAGGUACAGCCUUCAUGAAGAAGCACAAGAUCAAGUUUUGCUCCAGGAUGGGGCAGCUCUCCACAAUUCUGCUACACUUGAAGGAUGCAAACAUCAUUAAUAGUAAUGAAGAGGAGGAGGUGAAGGGUCAAGAUACAAAGCAAAAGAGGAACCGAGCUUUGCUGGAGAUAGUUGAGAAGAAAGGGCAGGAGGCACAGGAGCAGCUCUACCAGAUCCUCCAGACAAGAGACCUGUACCUUGUCGAAGACCUGCACAGGUACAGCUAGGCCUAUGAAAGCAGAGUGUGUUUGCUGCCACUGCUGGGUAAGGACAGCAACAGAAGGGCAGUCAGGUUGAUCAGCACCCCAACAUUGACCUUUUGGUGCAAAACCCAUGGUGCAAAGCAGCAAUGAGCCUUC